AAUCAGAAGCUCCUUUUGAAAAUGGAAAAUAAAGCCAACAGACUCUGUGGUGAAUCACAAGACAAAUAUUUAGGCUUUGGUCUGCUCGAAUCGGGUAGCGUAUCGGCAAAAGAUGAAGUGAAUAUAAUGGUGAAGAAUGUGGUUGAUGUAGUUUUCGGCGGCUUAUCGUACUGGAGCGUCGGUUAUGGUUUGAGUUUCGGCGACUAUGAACCGUUUCGUAACAGCUUCAUAGGAUUUGGACGAUUUUUCUACGAUCCAACAAGGUCAGUUCUAGAUGUGACGUCUGUUAAUGAAGAAGGCUGGGCGUAUGCAGCAUUUCUGUUCCAGUUGAGUUUAGCAACAACCGCAUCUACGAUUGUGUCCGGUGAUAAGUUUAUCUUGUGCGAAUGUCUUCAAGCGCUCCCGGCACACUGGGUAUGGGACAGCGAGGGAUUCUUCUUCAAAAUGGGUGUCGUGGAUUUUGCCGGUUGUUCAGCUGUACAUAUGGUCGGCGGAAUAAUCGGUCUGAUCGCCACUGUCUAUUUGAAACCUAGAAGGAAUCGCUUCAACGAGGANAGUGUGCAUCAGAUGAGCUCACCAACUAAUGCUUUACUUGGUACAUUUCUUCUAUGGUGGGGAUGGUUCGGUAUCAACGCCGGCUCAGUAUGGGGUAUUACUAGCGGCAGAUGGAGGCUCGGUGCAAGAGCAGCCGUUGCCACUAUAAUGAGCUCAAUCGGUGGCGGAGUGACGUCGAUUGUCAUAAGCUUUGCAAAGACGAAGAAACUACAAGUGAAUUUUCUGAUUAACGGGAUUCUCUCCUCCAUCGUCUCGAUCACUGCCCUCUGUGCUGUAUCACGGCCAUGGCAUGCUCUGAUCAUCGGUGGUGUCUCGGCAGGAUUUUCAAUUUCCGUGUUACCGCUUCUGGAACGACUCAAGGUAGACGAUCCUGUUGGCAUCGUACCAAUUCAUCUCACCUCCUCCAUUUGGGGUAUGACGGCCGUUGGUAUAUUCUGUGAAAGAGAUCGACAUCUGUUCGGAGCCACAAACGGGCAUGCAGGACUACUUUAUUCGGGCAGUUUUACAUUACUCGGUGUACAGCUCCUUUGUACGGUAACCAUUCUAGUCUACAGUGCCGCCUUUGGACUUCUUUUGAUUAGCAAGAGUCCACUCGGAUUACGUGUUACUGAUUACGAAGAACAGAUCGGAGCUGACGUUAUCGAACAUGGGUUGGCUGGAACGAACGUGGCUAGAUAUGUGCUUGAAAAACCCCUCAGCACAAGCCGAUCGAAACGUAUGGAACAAGCGAGACAGAGACGGCUUACAGAGGAGCAAGCAUUUACUGCCACCGACGGCACUACAACGGUCAAAGGAGCUAACGGAGGUACUCCCCGGGCUUUUUCAUCCAUUCGUGAACGAAAAUGUCCAAGUCCGGUCCUAAUAGCCUGA